AUGCGGAGAGCUCAGCAUCAUCUGGAGGAACGUGAGGAACAGUCUCCGCCGAGAAGACCGUACCCAGUCCACCAUGAUUAUGGAUAUUUUACGCGUUCUAAUGCCUCUCCAGAGGACUCCAGACGGAAUCCUUAUGGCAUAGCGUCAACAGCUGUCGGAGGCUCGCCACAGCAAACAGCAGCAUCCUCUGGAGCAAUGUACAUGCUUCCACAAUCACCAACACAGGCUACACAGCCCAUAUAUCCAACCAUAUUGCCUUCUCCAUCGUCGCUGAACUUCUCAAGCUCUCAAAGUCUGUCGUCAAUGACUCCGCCCAUCACAUCCACCCACGCUUCAGCACAAAAUACUCUCUUGCAGGACUUGCAACAUCAGGUUACUGUUAAAACGCUAGAAUUCCGAACUCUCCAGCGCGAAUACGACAGCCUUCUCCAGAAGCUCGAACGCCAGAAAACAAAAUGCGUCACUUUUGAAAAGAAGUUUGAAGUCAGUGACUGCGAGAUUAACAGUUUGACCGAUGAAAAGGAAAAGCUACAAAGUCAAGUUGUAGCCAUGGAAGGACAAGUCGAGGAGUUGCAGCAGAGCCGGGAUGAAGCUCGACGCCAGUUGAUUGCGAACGGAGCACAAUACAUGCGCAUUAUGGAAAUGGCAAACCGCCUGCAGUCUCAGGGAGCGGAUGACAAGAAAAAAUGGGAUGUAGAGAGGACGGAGUUGGAGCAGCGGAUUCGCGUACUGGAAGAAGCCAUGGUGACUGGUGAACAGCAUCACAUCACGCCCACACCCGGCUCGGAACACCAUACGACCCCGAAUUACUCCCCAGUGCCUGGUGAAUCGACGCCCCAGAAUAAUGCCCCUUUGUCUUCGUCGCAAACCGAGACAAUUAACGUUCUCCGAGCGGAAAUCAAUCGGCUUCGCUCGCGCACGCAGACGCUCGAAAGUACAGUCAGGACUAUGCAGAGGGAAAGCAUAUCGAUUCAGAUGGCGGCACGGCAGCUUGUGGACUCGAGCGAGAGGGUGAAGGAUGCAGCACGGGAUAUACUAGGUGAUGGCGAGUGA